GGGUUAGACUUCACGAGGAAAUGCUGAGAUUUGAAAAGGUCCACAGACAGACGGACGCACCACAAAGUUGGCUAUUAAAGACCUAGGGUUAGUUCUACAUCAGACAUAAACUAGACGGGUAACGAAAGUUAGUUUGAGUUAGAUGUUUUGCUAUGUGGGAAUGGGAAUACUUUUGUCCGAUGAUAGAGGUGUCUAUUCCAUCUUUGGAGAGAGAAAUGGACAUGUCCGGAAAAGAAAGAAAACUUUACAGAGUUGAAGUCUUAUUCAAUGGAAGGAAACAUUAUGUUCUGCGGCGCCACAGUGAUUUCCAGAACCUCCACAGAAAGCUCAAGAAAAUUCUGAUGAUUCCUGAGUUUCCAAGCAAAAGGAAUCCUCACCUCAGAACCAAGCCCUUGGAUCAAAGGAAACAAGAGCUAGAAAUGUACAUACAGGAGAUCUUGCAACAAAAUGAAGCUGUCCCCCAAGAACUUUUGGAUUUCCUUCAGAUCAGGCAUUUCCACUCGAUGAACAAAGCUGACAGCACGGAGUACGUGGAUGAAUGCUGUCAACUGAUUCAACAAUGUGUGGUGACAUUUGCUAAAGAUCCCUUUUUUCUGGAUGCAUGCCAAGGUUUGCCUGAUGUGGUGGUUGAUGGCGUCCUUCAGGGUUUGUACCCAAAGGACAACAGAGUCAUCAUUGGAGCAGACUCUAGCUGUGACCGUUCAGCUCAGGAAGAGCCUGCUCCUCUACCUCUCAUCCCAUCCAUCACUUGAGAGGAGCAUUUCUUGAUAUUCAGAAAUAUUCUAGGGCGUAACAGGACUUCUGUUCCAAUGGUUAUCAUUAGUUCAAGUCAGUCCAGUUCUGUUUGCAGCAGUUUUUCGAACCCUUUCACAUGAGUAUUACUUAUUUACCCAGUAAAUAAGUGAUAAAUUAUAUAUUGUUUCCUAAUGUGUGUCAAUAUUUCCAAUUAUGAAUUUGACUUGUGAAUUAUACUGUAUUUUGAGCUAUUAAACACCUAAAAUAGCUGAUGCACAUAAGCCCAGUG